AUGACCGAACAAAGUUCUGCCUCGUUAUCCUCCGAGGUUAUCCCUCCUCAAGAUGAAAAGCGACUCUGGUAUCGCUCGACACUAUUCAAUGCGUGUAUCAUUGGAGGCGUGGGCUUCAUGGCCCCGGGCUUAUGGAACGCCAUGAACUCUCUAGGCGCAGGAGGCGCACAGUCACCAUUUUUGAUUAAUGCAGCCAACGCACUGGUAUUUGGUCUGAUGGGAUUUUUGUGUCUUUUCGGUGGCCCAAUCGCCAAUCGUAUUGGGUUGAACUGGACUUUGAUGCUUGGAGCUAUCGGAUAUCCAAUUUAUUCAGCCGCUUUGUAUACCAACAACCGCUAUGGCAACGUGUGGUUUGUUCUUGUUGGAUCAGUAGCCUGUGGAAUUUCUGCUGGUCUCUUCUGGGCUUCCGAGGGCGCCGUUGCGUUGGGAUAUCCGGAGCCAACGAAAAGAGGCAAAUACAUGAAUAUCUGGCUCUGGUUCCGCACAGGAGGUCCAUUGCUGGGCGGUGCUAUUGUCCUUGGAUUGAACCACUCGGGGGAUGCCCACAGCAAGGGAAAGGUCGGAUACGAAACAUACCUCAUCUUUGUCGCUCUUCAGUGUCUGUCGGUUCCUCUAGCCAUCUUCUUAUCGCCACCUGAGAAGGUCCAGCGCACGGAUGGAAGCAAGGUCAAGAUCGUUAUACAAGGAUCAUGGCGUGCUGAAAUGGUCGAGCUCUGGAAGGUCUGCAAGAGAAAAGAGAUCAUUCUGUUACUGCCUGCUUUCUGGGCCGCAUACUUCAACCAAUAUGUUGGAAACUUCGAGACCUACUAUUUCGGUGUUCGAGCUCGCGCCCUUAUCGGAUUUGUCGGUAAUUUCUCCAAUCUGAUCUCUUCGGGUAUUAUCAGCAGAUUCUUGGACUACAGCGGUAUCUCGAUCAAGAAUAGAAUUAAGUACAGUUUCUUUUACGUGAUCGUCAUCCAUAUUAUUGCGUGGAUCUACUGCUGGGUCGUUCAAGAAAAGUACACCAAGAACCCUCCCAUGCUGGACUGGGCCGACAAAGGCUUUAUUGAGGGCUUCUUCGUCGUCAUGCUGUGGAGUUUUUCUCAACAGGCCGCGCAGAACUUUCUGUACUAUCUUCUGUCUACCAUGACAGACAACAUUUCCGAACUUUGUAAGUCGAAGCCCCCACAGCCUGCUUUCAGGGAAUGGCAUGGUGGCAGAGUCCCACUUGCCGUCAACACUAUCCUCCUCGGUCUCGCCAUCUGGCCUACGUGGUUGGUUGUUCGGGAUCAUAAGCCCAUUGAACACGAUAAGGAGGCUACUCAGUUGCCUCACAGCAAGGACGAGGAGCAGAACACAGCCAGUUUGGGUGACAAGGAGACAUAUGUUGUCAGCGACGCUGUUGCUACAAAGUGA